AUGUCUUUGACGCUUCUACGUUCGUUUAUUCUGCUGGCUUGUGCCGUGACUCCGAUUGUCAGUCAAACCAGCUGCAGAGGGAGAUGUGGUAUUGAGUACUACCGCGGUUACCUGUGCCAAUGCGACUACAGCUGCGUGGCGUACGGCGAAUGCUGCCUGGACUUUGAAUCUCAAUGCACCACAAAGAAUUCCUGUAGAGGUCGAUGUGGGGAAUCUUUCAAGAGAGGCCAACUGUGUAGCUGCGACUCUGAUUGUGUUAAAUUCAAGCAGUGUUGUCCAGAUUACAAGAUCCACUGCGAUGCAGAAGAGGAAACCGCAAAUGAAGCAGAGCAGCCAAAUUUGGCACUCAGCGCGGAAAAUGAAGAAGAUAAUUAUGAGGUUCCAGGAGUGAAUCCAGUAGCAUAUACACCUGAUAAUCUCAAUGAUGGCAUGUACACUGAGACCAUUCGCAAUGAUGAACUGCCCUACACUGAAGUUACAGAGGAAAAUCAGACACCAGAUAGCAAUAGCGGGUAUGGGUCAUUUCCAACAGAGCUCGUGGAUGUGGCCUCCACUCAAGCCAAAUUGAUAACAGACACGGCGCAGGCCAGCACAGAGGCAGCUACAUUGGCCAUGACAGCGUCAGAAGACGAGGUCAAGUUAACCACCACUGAGAUGGCUGAUGGAGUCACCACCACUGCAGUUCCCAACUUAGCCACAACUUCAGAAUCCUCACUGGAUCCGUCCAUAACUUCCAUCCCACAAGAACCCUCACGAGAGUCUCCCACAACUUCAGUACCAACACCAGAGCCAUCAAAAGAGUCAUACACACCUUCUGUCCCUGAAGAAGCCUUUCAAGAAUCCUCCACACCUUCAUUUCCAGCCGAAACCACACAAGAAUCAUCCACACCUUCAAUCCCACAAGAACCUUCACAAGAGUCUUCCACAUCUUCAGUACCGCCACCAGACCCCUCACAGGAAUCAUCCACACCUGCAGUUCCACAAGAACCCUCACAAGAGUCUUCGACAUCUUCAGUACCGCCACCAGAGCCCUCACAAGAAUCAUCCACACCUUCAGUCCCACAAGAACCCUCACAAGAGUCUUCCACAUCUUCAGUACCGCCACCAGAGCCCUCACAAGAAUCAUCCACACCUUCAGUCCCACAAGAACCCUCACAAGAGUCUUCCACAUCUUCAGUACCGCCACCAGAGCCCUCACAAGACUCAUCCACACCUUCAGUCCCACAAGAACCCUCACAAGAGUCUUCCACAUCUUCACUACCGCCACCAGAGCCCUCACAAGAAUCAUCCACACCUGUAGUUCCACAAGAACCCUCACAAGAGUCUUCCACAUCUUCAGUUCCGCCACCAGAGCCCUCACAAGACUCAUCCACACCUUCAGUCCCACAAGAACCCUCACAAGAGUCUUCCACAUCUUCACUACCGCCACCAGAGCCCUCACAAGAAUCAUCCACACCUUCAGUCCCACAAGAACCCUCACAAGAGUCUUCCACAUCUUCACUACCGCCACCAGAGCCCUCACAAGACUCAUCCACACCUUCAGUCCCACAAGAACCCUCACAAGAGUCUUCCACAUCUUCAGUACCGCCACCAGGGCCCUCACAAGAAUCAUCCACACCUUCUGUCCCACAAGAACCCUCACAAGAGUCUUCCACACCUGCAUUUCCACCCGAAACCACACAAGAAUCAUUCACACCUUCAGUCCCACAAGAACCCUCACAAGAGUCCUCCCCAACAUUAGCAUCUAAAGAACCCACGCAAGAGUCCUCCACAGAAGUGAAAAGCUCUGAAGCACCUAUGAUUCCUGAUUCAACGACAAUGGUCCCACCAUCAACCACCUUAGUUGUUACAACACACCUCGAUUCCUCUCCAUCGGACCCUAAGAAUCCCACCACGAGUGCUCCUCCAGCGGUGUCCGACCUUGAUAUCAUAACAACAGUUGAUCCUUCGCCUUUAGAUGUGUCACAGGCUGGUAUUUCAAAUGAGCUUACACCAGCAAAACCUUCCAGUAAUCCACAGACAGUAACCCAGAAACCGACCAGCCCUCAAUCAUCUAAACCCACUCCUAAAGCUCAGGACGAGCCAAACCCUUCCAGUCUACUGACGACUACAGCCCCUGUGGAGAAACCUGCUCUCAAACCUGGGACUAAGCCAGUGGAAGCAGUGCAGAUGGUGGAUAGUUCCAGAGACUACCAAGCAGAUGACAGCAAUGACACAAACUUGUGCAGCGGGCGCCCUGCCAGUGCAGUCACCACGUUGAGGAACGGCACAAUUGUGGUCUUCAGAGGUCACUACUUUUGGUUUUUGAACAGAAACAGGGUUCCAGGUCCAGCCCGUGACAUCACACAAGCGUGGGGUGUGCCGUCCCCCAUUGACACCGUGUUCACCCGUUGCAAUUGUCAGGGGAAAACAUACAUAUUCAAGGGAAACCAGUAUUGGAGAUUUGAGAACAAUAAUUUGGACCCGGGCUAUCCAAAGCUUGUCGAGACGGGCUUCGAUGGACUUCGGGGUCACAUCACGGCUGCUCUGCCUGUGCCUCAGCACCGCGGGAGGAGAGAAUCUGUCUAUUUCUUCAAGAGAGGUGGAUUGGUGCAGAAAUAUUCAUAUAAGUUUGGCACCAGCCCAUCAUGUAACAAGAAGAAACCCCAAUUUGCCAUUUACACAAUCCGCAACCGAGUGGCAAGACAUGCAGAGUCACUUUUGGGACCCACAAUCAACAUACGGACGACCUGGCGAGGAUUCCCCACCACUGUCACCUCGGCUGUUUCUGUCCCCAGUUACAGGGAACCAGAGGGCUACAGAUACUACGUCUUCUCAAGAACUAAAUCCUACAAUAUUAGGAUGGACGGCGAGCGACCCGUUGUCCCUCCCACAAGAGAAACCCCAUCUGCGCAGAACAACAAUUUCAUCAAUUGUCCCAAAAAACUCUGAUGACCACAGCCUAUAUUGUACAGACUU